GGAGAAGGCAACUAUAAAUACAGAGGUUUGGGGAAAGCAAAUUGUAAGCUGCAACAAAGGCAAGUUGUAGUGGCAUAUAAGACCAAGAACUUUGGCAGUCUCAAGUCUCCACCAGACAACCAUUUCUUUUAGGUGAGAAAGAUGAGUGGCCAUUACCAUGGAAGUGCCUCAUGCAAUGACGAAGAUAUUUCCAGACGUUGCAUCUACAAGGUACCAGAACCACUCAGAAAGGUAAAAGAAGAGGCCUAUGCUCCUCAAUUAGUUUCCAUAGGCCCUCUUCGUAGAAAUAAUAUUGACCAGUAUAAAUCUCUGGAAAAGAUUAAAGAGGAAUAUGUAGAAGCUUUUCUUAAUGAUAAAAACAAUAAUGGGGAUCAGCAGACGUUUCUUGACAUCAUUAAAAACAGAAAAAAUGAGAUCAAAGAAUGCUAUGAAGACCUCGAUUUAGAUGAUGAUGAUGAUGAGCUUGUGAAAAUAUUUUUAGAAGAUUCUAUCUUCAUCAUUGAGCUCUUCAUUAGGGACCAUUGGGAAGAAAAAUAUGCUAAAGAUUUCAUAGUAAGUACACCGUGGCGGAGAAAUGUUAUAAAACAGGAUUUGAUUUUACUGGAAAAUCAAAUACCGUAUUUCAUCCUUGAAGAUCUUUACAACCAUGCCUAUCAAGGUCAGCCAUUAUACCCUCCUUUUUUGAAUCUCACCGAAUCAUAUUUUUCAAAUUAUAUUGAAGUUCCGAAAGAAGAACAAAUCGAGGUUUCACGGGAUUGUUGGUCCUGUUUAUAUUGUUUUUGGUUCACUCAAUGCUCCCGCAGUGUAGAGUCCGGCCAGAAUCAACAAGAAAAGGAGUCCAGCCAGAAUCAAGAAGAAAAUAAGAACCCUCAACCCAUGCACUUCACUGAUCUGUCUAGAUGUUACCGAUCUCAGAAACAUCCGUCAUCAGCCAAGAAUCAACAAGAAAAGGAGUCGUCCAGCCAGAAUCUAGAAGGGGAGAACCCUAAACCCUUGCAUUUCACUGAUCUAAUUAGAUAUUACCGGUCUCAGAAACAUCCCGAGAAUCAACCAAAAGAGGAGUCCAGCCAGAAUCAACAAGAAACAGGGCAGUCCGGCCAGAAUCAACGAGAAAUGGAGGAGUCUGGCCAGAAUCAACAAGAAAAGAAGAUUCCUCAACCCAUGCGUUUCACCGAUCUGAUUAGAUGUUACCGAUCUCAGAAACAUCCGUCAUCAGCCAAGAAGCAAGAACCAAAUAGCGAGCCUCCUCCCCAGCAUUGCAUUGAACUUGGUAAAUAUUGUCGCCAAUCUCCGAAGUCAAACAAGAAAAAUGCUAGAUACCUAGUUUCUGCAACCAAGUUACAUGAAGCUGGAGUGACGUUUAAGGCAUCUGAAGAUAAAGAUGCGUGGCCGCUUGGCAUAACGCUCGAAGGAGGAGUAUUGAGCAUGCCAACUUUGAAAGUUUCCGACUCCACGGAACGCCUAUAUAGGAACCUCAUGGCUUUCGAGCAAUGUCACUACCCAACAGAAGCUUACAUCUGCAACUACAUUAGAUUCAUCGAUGAACUGAUCAACACUGAAGAUGACGUGGACUUGCUCAUUGAGAAGGGUGUUCUUGUUAAUAGCCUUGGCAAUAAUGAAAAGGUGGCCAACCUUUUCAAUGAUCUGAAUAGUGGAAUCGUAAGAGCAAAUUUCUGUUACGAAACAAUUUUUCAACGGCUGAAUGAUCACUACGGGACUUGCUGGUACCGAGCCGUCGCAACCUUGAGACAUGCAUACUUCACCAAUUUUUGGAGGGGUAGCGGAACGGUAUUCGCAUUCAUACUCCUCAUCCUCACUUUGAUACAGUCCAUACGUUCCCUCAUGGAAAUAUUUUAGUUUCAGAGUUUGUGUAAUUUUUCUAAGUGCCCCCCUACAUUUGGAUUGCUUUUUUUUUUUUUUUCUUUUUUUUUUCUUUGCACUUUAUGUUUGGGCUGCUAGCUUUUCUAGUGUAUUUUGGCUGUAAUCGAAUAAUAUUUUCUGUUAAUUUGCG